UCAAAAUUUACUUUUACAAAUCAAAUGACAAAAUGGUCACCUUAUCAUAUUUGCAGCGUACUGCAUGUGUUUCAGGUAGACAACUGCUUACCAGUGUUUUACUAGUUUUAUUUGUAGCACUAUCACCGAUUUGUUGUAACGACGAUUCAGAAAACAUUUAUGUACCAAAAGGUGAAAACAUUGAGCUGAAAUGCCCCUUUCUGUCUACAUCGACGCCAGUAAUAUGGCAAAAUACUCAUGGGCUUUUGUUCGAUGGUCGAGAAAUAGAUACAAAUUUCAAAUUGAUAAAUAAAUAUAAAAUUGCCGGGAACAACAGUUUUGGUCAAUUUAAUUUGAUAAUUAUGAACGUUUCACCAGCUGAUGUUGGGGAUUUUGUUUGCGGAACAUAUUUGGGAAAUAAAACGAUUCAACACAGUUUCUCGGUCCAACUUUCAGUUCCGAUAUCCAAUUUGACUAUACAAAAAACAGACAAAGGAUAUCUGCAUGGUAAAACUGGCAAUGCACUGUCAAUCGUGUGUUCUAUCUACGGCGGAUUCCCUUUGAGAAACAUCUCCAUGCGGUUAGAGAUUAAUGCCGAAAUUGUAAUGGAUGCGUUUGAAAGAAUUUUGAACUUUACCAUUAUUCCCAAAGAAAAUAUGCAUUUGGUCAAUGUAACGUGCAGAGGGUAUGAUGAUCUUCUAAAGACGGUCUUAACAGAAACCAUUACUCUGAAUAUUACAUACCCUCCUAGAGUUAAACUCAAAGCAGUCCCAUCUGCAGUGAUCAGUGAAGGAAGCUUAGUCGUUUUGAAGUGCAAUCAUGAUAGCAAUCCCGAGAGCAAAAUUUUUAACUGGACGAAAAAUAAAAUGUCAUUACAACAAACAGAUCCUUCAUCAAAUAUUGUUUUCAAACACAUACAUAGAGAGGAUGCUGGUAGUUAUCGAUGCACUGUAUGUAAUGAACUAGGAAGAUCUUCAGCAUCACUUCAAUUGAUAGUUCUAUAUGCACCAAUUGUAUCAGUUGUGACAUUAACAAAUGGAUCUAUUUUAUGCAAUGCUACUGGUGUUCCUAGCGUUUACAGAUUUUCGAGAUGGGAGCAUCUUUCAGAAUUUGGAGAACACAUUCGAUAUCUCGUUGGUUCUGAAGAUGGUGUCUUAAAUGUAUUACCUGAAGCUGGAUCUUUGGCUUACAUCAAUUCUGGAAAAUAUGCUUGUACAGUUGAGAAUGGAAUACGUGGCCACUUACAGAAAGUUAAACAAACGGGAUUUAUUUUUCUUCAAUUUCAAGGAGAACCACUCUGCAUAAACGGCACUGAUCGCAUUUUGGAAAGUGUAGAUAAUAAACAAAGGAGAUUUGUAAAGCUAUCUGUCACAGUAACUAGUUUUCCAGCGUAUGAUAGUAUAAAAUGGCUUCAUAGAGAUAAGAUUAUCACAACAAAUCUAGCUAGAUAUUCUUUCGACUCGAUGGAUACGAUCGUACAAACCAAAAUCCACGGGCGAUUAGUUCAUAUCAAUGGAUAUCGAUUCUCAGUAGCAUUCACAGCGUUCACUCAAGAGGACUAUAGAAACUUUAGUCUCGUUAUUUCAAACAACAAUGGAACGGCUAUUUGCAGUGUUACUGAGCAAUGGAAAGAAUCAGGAGAUGGUCUCAGCAACAUGUGCAAGGAAUCCUUAUUCUAUGUAAUCUUACCGCUGUGUCUUCUUGCAUUAUCAGGAUGGAUUGCGUUUUUCAUUUACUACAAAAAACGACAUCGAAUGCCGGUUGGUAUUGUUGAUGACUUAGUGAGACAGCAAAACCAAGAACUGCAAGUAGUUACAAACUAUUACGAUGAAGUCAAUGAUGGCGAAAUAUCGAACCAAUCGCUUGCACAAUAUGCAUCAGCAGAAUCUAGUUUUAGUUUGUCUGAUCGUUCUGAAAAUACAAUUACGUCGACAAAUAAUGGUAGAGUAGAACUAACAGACUUGACAUAUAUAAACCCUUAUCAGCAACUUAUCGCAAAUGCACCGAAUAAUUCGCAUAAGUAUGCGUCUUUGACGAGAUCGCAUCACUACUUUGUUGUCAUAGAUUCUCAUAUCUCGCAUUUAUCAAAUCUUAAACGACACACAUAUUGAAAAUGAUAACCCAAUAUAUCAAUAUUUAAAUAAAAAAAAGAAACAAACUAGCAAACAAAAAAACCAAACAAACCGAAAAAGCAAAAGAAAAAAAACAACAUUACUUUCACAUAAAUGUAUAUAUUUUUCUUUAAAUCAUUUAGAUAGAAUAGAGAAUGGAAACGGAUAAUAUGUCAAAACGACAAUAAUCGAACAAAGAGCAGAAAACAGCCCAAGGCCAGAAAGGGUCUUCAACACAAUGAGAAAAUCCCGCACUCCGAAGCGGACUUCAGCUGGCCCCUAAAAUGUUUGUUUUGUUGGAAUUAGGGUAUAAAAGAACUUCCAAUAUAUGUCCUAAUAUGCAAUGUUACUUGGUGGCUCCAAGGGGCGGAUCCAGCUAUUUUUAAAAAGGGGUUUUAACUCAGGAUAAAAGGGGUUCCAACCAAAUGUCCCCAUUCAAAAGCAUUCAUUGAUUCAUUGUCAAAAAAGGGGAGUUCCAACCCCCGGAACCCCCUCACCCUUGGAUCCGCCACUGGCUCCAUUAAGUAUUCUUGAAUUGCAAGUUGUUUCCCCAAUAUGGAUGCUACUUUUUGGUUAUAGGAAAAAUAAACACAAGGGUUUAUAAAAACAUAAAUCAUUAUUUUUGGUGCUAUGUGCACACCUAUAACGUAGAAAUACGGAAUAAGGAUGGUUAAAACAUAAAAGUAAGGGAGAAAAUACCAUAGGGGUGUCAGAAACCAUAAUUCGAAAUACAUGUAAUUUUAGCACCUUGGAAAAAGCCAUCGAAAAGGUCCUCGAAUAGAGCAAAUAAAUACAAAUAAAAUGAACACUAAUUAAUCCGGAUAACAACAAUUUUCUUCAGUAUGAUUCUACCAAUGUUAACUGGUAACUGACCAAAAUAAAUCAUAAACGAUAUACAUGUAGGAACAUGACGUCUAUCUAUCUUAUUAACUUAACAAAAUAUAUCUAAGAUUUGUAAUCAACACUAAAUUCCGUAAAUUAAUGAAGCAAUGUGAUACAAAAAAGACGUCCUUCACAAAGUGUCUAAUUUUUGAAAGCCAAUUGGAUAUAUUGAAAGUAUUUUUUUCCUGACAUAUAUUACAAGACCAUUUUAAUUUCGAUAAGUGGAUUAAGAAAUGGUAAAUAACUGAGUUUGAAAAUCAAUUAAUACUUUAAAAAACACUUAACAUUUCGUAUGGCGUUCCGGAUAUCUAAGUGUAACUUAUUUGUAUUAUGUCGAUAUCCUGCCUUUAAAUGAGUAAACAAUGUUUAUCAAACAUAUUUCAGCGAAUUGAUUAUCAUAACCAUUUAGCACAACAUUGAUUGUUAAAGAGAACAUAUAAUUUUUAGGGAAACAUUCUUUAUGUCGGGUUCGUCAUUAGCGGUAAUGUUUUGUAAAUAUACUACACCAACUCAUACCAUCAUCAUAUAAAAAAUAUUUCUAUUAAUAAACCGAUCUAGACAUGUUGUUUGCAUGAUAAUAUUUGAUAAGAAUUGAUGUUCGUUUUGGAGAUAUAGUAAACUGCCGACUGAUUGGUAUUUCGAUAUCGCAGUUGUAUUCCUUUUAUGUUGUGAAUAACAUCGUUUCGCUUUAUGAAAGUUCUUAUAAAAGUCCACUGGGUAGAUAUUUUUUACAACACUUCCAGAUAUUCACACACUAUGUUCGUUCAAACAAACACAUUCUAUGAAUAUAUGUAUGAAAUGUAAUCACAUCAACUCGCAAAAUCUAUAAUAAUUCAUAAUCGGGAUAAAGAAACACGUACUUUGUAUCCAUGU